AUGGCUCUAACCCCGGCUGUUGUCCUACGCAUCGUCUCANUCUCAGACACAUUCACUAUUCGUGGUAUCCCUCGGCUCAGUCGUGGGCCACGAUUUCUGCGCGGUUUGUGGUUCUGUUUCCUGGUCGGAAUGACUGUCGGAUUGUGUUUGACCACAUACUAUCUGGUUCAGGACUAUCUACAGUAUCAGGUAGCUGUGAAUGUGCAUAUGGCAUUGGAUGCCCAAUCCCCGUUUCCCGCCCUGACUGUCUGUCAUCAUCAUCCGUUCUCCAGUCGUGCGUACGAUUUGUGGCGUCAUCAGAUGGUCCUAUCACCGACCGAUUUCAAUCGGAAAAUGCGUAAUCUGACACAGUACUUUCUCGAACAGAAUAUGUUGGACGAGGCCACUGCGAUGUAUAUUUACGAUAGUAUAAGUAUAUACUAUCAGAAUAUUGUGCCCGAGGAUGCCUAUCGGCUGGGACAUGAUUCGUCCAUUUUUCUCAAUUGUAUGUGGCGUCACGGACAGCACAUGCAAGUGGAAGACAAUUGUAUGAAUUUGGAAGGGAUACGGGUCCGACAAUUCAGUCAUCACAUCUAUUUCAACUGUCACACAUUCGAACCGAUCAAUGACACGUAUUCGAAUUCCACCGAGACGUUGGCUCUCAUUGUCAGUUUGGGACCGAAACCGAACUAUGACAAGCAGGAACAAGCUUUCCUGGUCGAUCUGUUCGAGAUGGCUCGCGGAUUGAGGUAA